AUGUUCCAACAAGGGUUUCAACAAGGAUUUCAACAAGGGUUCCAACAAGUUGUCUCAUAUGUAGCUGGAACAUCUGUGCUUAGGCAGUAUGAUGUUGGGGAUCAAAUUGCUAGUGCAGGGACUAAAAAGACAACUGGUCAAAAAGUAGCUGUGUUUAUAUUUGAAAAAAAGAUUUUUGAUAAUACUUUGUUAAAAAAUUAUGAAAAAAAAGAAACGGAAAAAGUUUAUCAAGUUUUGAAGAAAGAGGCUAGUCAGCUCGCAAGACUUCGUCAUCCAUCAUUACUUGAAGUUGUUGAGGCAGUGGAAGAAUCAAGAACUGUAAUUACAUUUGCAACAGAACCUGUUUUAGCAUCUCUCGCUAAUUUACUUGGUAAUACUGAAAAUUUAUCAACCGUCCCCGAUGAUAUCAAAAACUUUGAACUGGAUGAGUUAGAGAUCCAGAAAGGCUUAUUGCAAGUUGGCAAAGGCCUUCAAUUUUGUCAUAAUGAUGCAAAAAUUGUUCACUCAAAUCUCGUUCCAGAAGCUAUAUUUGUAAAUAUUAAAGGCGAUUGGAAAAUUGGAGGUUUCGGAUUUAGUACCUUUCUCAACAAUCCAGAUGUACGACCGGAGUAUGAAUAUCCUGAUUAUGAUUCACGGAUACCAUGUUAUGCUCAAAAAAACUAUGAUUAUAUGGCCCCAGAGUUUGUGUUAGAUGAAUCACUUGAGUUCGCAAAUGAUAUGUUUGCUCUUGGUUGUUUAAUAUAUACAGUACAUAGUCAUGGAAAACCUCCAAUGGAAAAUCGCAAUAGUAUACAUAAUUAUCGCAAGAACAUUGAAAGGUUAUCAUCGACUAAGUAUGACCAUCUUCCUUAUCAUCUUCAUGAGGUCAUGUACCAUUUGAUUGCUCGCUACCCAUCACAGAGAAUGACUGCUGCCGAGUUCCAGACAUGCAAAUAUUUUGAUAAUGUUCUUGUUUCCACCGUCAAAUUUUUUGAAAGUUUUCCUGAAAAGACCAAGGAUGAUAAAAUUAGUUUUAUGAAAGGGCUAGUUCGAAUAUUACCUCAGUUUCCUGAAAGAAUUUUGUUACGCAAGAUUUUACCAUGUCUUCUUCAAGAAAUUAAGGAUUAUAGUCUUUUACCCUAUACUCUUCCUAAUAUUUUCUUUAUAUCUCAAAAAUUGUCAUCUAAUGAUUUUUGUGAGAAAGUUCUUCGUCCAAUAAAACCGAUUUUUGUUGUUGCCGAGCCCGUACAAAAUUUACUCACAUGUUUAGAUCAGAUGGAACUGUUUAAACAAAAAACUUCAUCUUCCGUUUUCAAAGAUGAUGUAAUGCCCUUAAUUUAUCAUUCUUUGGAGGCAAAAUCACCUGCAAUACAAGAGAAAGUCCUUAGAGUUGUACCUAUAAUAGUAGACUCGCUAGACAUUCUUACUAUUAAAUCAUCUCUGUUUCCUAGGAUACAGUUCACUUUAACUGAAAAGUUGAUGCCAUUGUUAAGAGGUAUCAAGACAAAAGAACCGUCGGUAAUGAUUACAACGCUUGCUGUAUAUGAUGAAAUGGGAAAGCAUGUUGAAAAGGAUGUUAUUGCUACAGAGAUUUUACCACAGUUAUGGAAAAUGUCUGUAGUACCUACUCUUAAUAUGGACCAAUUUCAAAAAUUUAUGAAAUCUAUAAAAUUAUUGUCAACGAGGGUAGAAGAAGAACAUAAUAAACAACUUAGAGAUAUUAAGAAUAUCGAAGAACAUACUAAAAAAUACAUCGAAGGAGGAAAUGAAAAAAAUAAGGAUGAAGUUGGAUCUUCAAUUGAUUUUGAAAAAUUGGUUGGAUCUACUAGUGGAAUUACUAAUAACGCUAAUGGCGUAGUCAAUGGACAAAAUAAGGUACAAAUGGAAAUGCAUCCAAAUUCACUUGCUUUAGGAACCAUCGGCUUGACAUCCUCAAAUAAUUUAAACUUGUCGUUGAAUGGAAGUAUACAACCCGAUAUUUUUUCUUCAACAACCACAACUUCAAUAGUACAUUCUCAGCCUCGAAAUUCAAUGAAUUCAUUGAAUUCCUUGAAUUCCUUUUCAAGUCCAAUAAACAACACUCAACCUACUCAACCUUCAAGCAAUUUUAAUUCGUUAUCUCAACAACCUGUAAAUGGCACUCUUAACAACAUUCAACAACUUUCUAACCAAAACACACAAUCAUUCAAUGAUAACAUCCCAUCACUUCCUCCACCUAACAUUGGUACAAUGCAACGUCUUAGUGCGCCGACAAUGCCAACGCGCACCUCCAAUAUUACGUCAGACUUAUUUAAUACCAUCCCAGGACCUAAAUUUAAUUCUGGAAGUACACUUCAACCUGGAGGUAUACUUCAACCUGGAGGUAUACUUCAACCUAAUGUUAUGAAACCAACCAAUAAUCAUUCAGGAAAUCAAAAAAUAUCUCAGGCGGAUUUAACAAUGUUUGAUCCAUUUUCUAAGUCAUAA